AUGACGGGAGGGAAGAUAAUAAGCGAUGAUGGUGACAUGACCAACCUUCUCCCAAAGGAGAUCUUGCAAUACAUCAUCUCUUCACUUUCUGUCGAUGAGGCUGCGAGAACCAGCAUCCUGUCAAAGAGAUGGAACCCCUUGUGGAGGCACGCUGAGCGCCUUGACUUUGAUGGGACCCGCAUGGUAAAACCCGUAUCUAUGCAUCGCUAUCCCCGCUCUGCUCGCAAAUACGGUGAGCUUGUGAGCACCGUGCUGAAAAAUCACCUCUCUGGCUUGACCAUGUGUCGCUUCAGGUACCUCUAUAAGAGCCUAAAUGCUAAAGAAUUGACAGCUUUAGUUAAGCUCCUCAUGGAGAGAAACAAAAAGUUGAUUUCUCUUACCCUAGAGUGCAUUGACGCUAGACAAUAUUUUCAUUAUGUGAUGCUUGAUUUCCAGCCUGGGAUCUUUUUGAAUUUGUGUUCACUCGAGUUGAACAGCUACUUGAUGAGGAGGGCUACCGCAUCUGCGUUUGAGGGAUGCAAGAAGUUGACGACCUUAAAAAUGAAGAAAAUGAUCAUGGAGGAGGGUGUCGUCAAUGAUGUCCUAGAAAAAUGCUCCAAUCUGGAGAGGUUUAGCUUGGUGGAGUCAACUGGAUUUAAGAAACUCAAGAUUUGUAACCCGAGCCUAAAGUUUUUGGAGCUUCGAUGGUUAGUUGUGAAUGAGAUAGAUGUUUUUGUUGAGAAUCUUCAGGAUUUGGUACUCGAUUCUCUUCUUUGCCCACCCAAGGGUCUGAAAAUUUACAUUGUGGACUUAAGAACAUUCCAUUCGGGAUGCAACCCAAUGGCUCAGAAAAUUCAAGCUAAGUACUUCGGGCAAAGUGUUAUGAAAAGCCAGGACAUUCUCGAAAAUUCCAGUGGCCUUUUUGAAUCUCAAACGAUCAACAUUUUUCGUAAUCUGUUGACCAUGUCAAUUGAUUUGGAUUUGAAUAACAUAAGAGAAGCUUUAGCACUUUCAUUUGUACUCAGAUCGUGCAUCUAUCUAGAAUCUCUUGAUAUUACUAUACCGGUGGAGAGAGAUUCAGAUUCGAGUGAUGAUGGUGCUUUACCAUUUCCCAAGUCAAUGUUUUGGGAGAGACGGACAAUGCACAAUUGUGUUAAUCAAAAGUUAAAAUUUGUUACUAUAAGGGGGUUUACAGGCAAAGAACAAGAAGUGAAGUUUGUUGAGCAUUUGAUAUCAAGAGCCACCAUGAUCAAAAAAAUUACUAUAAUUUGCAAUUCCUCACUAGUGGAGGAGGCGACAAAGUUACUAUCACUGCGAAGACAAUCAAUUUAUCUCUCCAUCAUAUUGAAGAUAAAAGAGAUGAAUGAAUUAACUGAGGUUGAAGAAGUAGUCAAGGAUAGGUUAUCACGUCUAAAGCAUAAUAGUAAGUUUUUUCAAGUGAUGCAAAUGAUACAUGCUAAUUUGUAA